UUUUUAUGAAUAUUCGGGGUUAUUCAGAUAUACCCAAAAGAAAAUUUAAUCAAACAUCUUUAAAUCUUUUUAAGAGGCAAAAAUUACCAAAAAAUACUAUUAUCAAAUUUGUGCCUCAACAAGAAGCUUGGAUUAUAGAGAGAAUGGGUAAAUUUUAUCGAAUUCUUGACCCGGGAUUAGCUAUUUUAGUACCAUUUCUAGAUAAAAUCAAGUAUGUUAAAUCCCUGAAAGAAAUUGCCAUGGAAAUUCCAUCACAGUCAGCUAUCACAUUAGAUAAUGUAACACUAGAAUUAGAUGGAGUUCUAUAUGUCAAAAUUCUAGAUCCGUACAAAGCAUGUUAUGGAGUAGAAGAUGCAGAAUAUGCAGUCGCUCAACUAGCACAAACGACAAUGAGAUCGGAAAUAGGUCAAUUAGCUCUUGAUCAUGUUUUAAAAGAACGUCAGAUGCUAAAUAUUAAUAUUACAGAAGCAAUUAAUGAGGCAGCAGAAGAUUGGGGUAUCAAAUGUUUAAGAUAUGAAAUUAGAGAUAUUCAUCCUCCCCAAAAUGUAUUAUUAGCAAUGCACAGGCAAGUCUCAGCUGAACGUUCUAAAAGGGCAGAAAUAUUAGAAUCAGAAGGUCAAAGACAGUCCUGCAUUAAUAUUGCUGAAGGACAAAAACAAAGUCAGAUACUUAAUAGUGAAGCUAUUAAACAGGAAAGUAUUAAUAAAGCAACUGGUGAAGCAGAAGCAAUUCUUUUAAAGGCUGAGGCAACAGCAAAAGGCAUUUCAGCGAUUGCAUCUGUUCUCUCGGAAAAUCCAAUGGGAACAGAUGCAAUUAAUUUAAGAAUUGCCGAAAAAUAUUUAACUGCUUUCGGAAACAUAGCUAAAGAAAGUACAAGUAUCGUUGUUCCUGCAAAUCUCAAUGAUAUUAAUGGAAUGGUCGCUCAGGCAUUAACAAUUAUUAAUAAAUUGAAUCAAAACAUACCACAAAAAAAAGAAAUAAAAUCUCCUAUAUCUAAAACAACUCAUUCUUUAAAAUCACCUACAUCAUCUAAUGAACUUAAAGAAAAAGCUUCAUAAUUUUAUCAAAUCGAUAAUACAAUAUGAUCUAUUAUUUCAUAUAUUUCAAAAAAAAAACAAAAAAUAUCAGACAAAAUACAAUCUCUUUUAUUAAUAAAUCGA